AUGGACAAUAACAAUAGCAUAACAGAUCGCAGCGCGAAUGAUAAUAACAAUAAUCAAAAUCCUACGCCUGAACGCCAAGGCACACCCGAACGACCACCUUAUUCUCCCGUCACGCCAGUGUUGGCGCAGCUCGCCCCAAUCCCCGGUGGAGCAACAAUAGUACCACCACCGGCGAUAGAAGAUACGGCGGCUGCUGCUACAACGAUGGGUGUUACGACAUCAAAUCCUCCUGUAACCAAAAAUCCGGCCAAAUAUAAUGAACCCGUUAACCCACAAGCGGUAAUGCCGCCGCCGCAACAAUCUCAACAACCUCAACAACAGCAACAACCGUUAUAUCCACCGCCUCAUCCGAUAAGGCCACAGCCGAGCCCCGUGCCGAUAUCAGAAAGCGAUAACGCAGAUAUUAUAGCCCUCCGCUCCGCGAUUUCUUUACUUCAGUUCCAGAAACAAAAGGCCUUGAACGAUAUAAAAGCACUAGAUGAGAUGAAACGCGCUGCGGCGGCUGAUCCAGAGGCUUUCUCAAGGGAAUUGUUAGCUGGCAAUCUCACGCAACCAGAUAAUCAAUUCAUCGAUACAGAUAUAACCAUGAAAGACGACGACGACGACGAUUCAGACGCAGAAGAAGUAGAAGAAACGAAAAGCAAAUUUGGCAAAAUCCCCAAACCACAAAACGUGGUGCGCAUGCCGCCCAUCAACUGGGCCAAGUAUCAUAUUGUCGGCGAACCGUUAGACAAAAUGCAUGAAGAGCAGAGGAAUAGGCCGUUUGCGGGGGCGCCACGACAGGAUCCUAACCAAAGAGCGCCGGAGCAUUUUAUUGCGGCGCCGUAUAGGCCGUUGACGGAUAGGGUUAAGAGUCCGGCAAAGGGGAGGGGGAAGAAGGAGCGCAAUACUUGA